AUGGAGGAAUCGACGGCGGCGAGCGCCGAUACUCUGAGGAUGGAGUUAAAGAAGACAGUGACGGAGAUUCUCGACGGGGGAGGAGGAGUAAGCGAAGAUCGCGGUGAGAGUGACGGAACUUCUGGAGUCUUGAAAUCAAUCGAUGAGGCGAUUCGAAUCCUGAAUCGUCUGAGGGAAGUUGAAUCGAAGAUGCAGGGGGACUCUGAAACUUCUUCGUCGUCUUCUGUGCCCCAAGUGCCGAAGGAGUUUAAGUGUAUGCUCUCGCAUGCGAUCAUGAGCGAGCCUGUAGUCAUCGCGUCUGGCCAGACGUAUGAAAAGAGAUACAUCCAACAGUGGCUGAUGUUUAAAGAGACAUGUCCCAAGACCAAAGAAGUCCUCUCUCACCGUUCCUGGUCACCCAACCAUUUGAUCGAUGAGUUGAUUACGCAAUGGUGUCAAGCCAACAAGUACGAUCGGCCAGAAGCAUCUUAUGCGCCCAUUGGAUUGUUCAGUGAUGACAUUGACCUAUUGCUUCAGAGGAUCUCCUCUCCCUCCUCAGUUGAAGAUCAGAUAAAAGCUGCAAGUGAGCUGCGUCGCCAGACCAAGAGAUUUGAGAAUGUCCCGGCCUUGUUUGUAACUGAGAUCCCUGAAUCCAUCACACGGUUGCUAACUCCGCUCUCUGCUUUAGGCGAGGCCAUUGACUCGAACCGGGGACUUCAGAAGGAUAUCAUCACUGCGUUGCUCUACAUCUCGAGUCUUGAGGAGAACAAAACAGCAGUUGCUCAGCAUCCUCUUGUCAUCCCACUGCUAACAAAGUCUUUGAAGAAGGGGACAGCUAAGACAAGAAGAAACUCUGCAGAGGCCUUAUGGGAACUUUCAAAAGUCGAUUCUAACAAGCGCAUCAUCGGUGACGCGGAUACACUCAAGGCUUUGAUACAUGUCAUCAAAGAGGAUCAUUUCACAGCCGCGGUAACUGCCUGUUAUGCUGUUUUCCACCUCUGUGACCUACCGGAGAACAGGGGAAAAGUGGUUUCAGAAGGUUUGAUUCCCACGCUGAUCAACAGGAUUAAAGAAAGAAGCUUCGUGUAUAUCUACUUUGCUCUAUUGGCGCUUAUGACUGCACAAGACCGGGUGAUUGAAGAAAUUGAGGAUCUAGGGUUUGUCGAUGGUGUGUUCAGUAUCUUGAGGAAUACGAGUUGCUCAGUGACUGGCGAGAACGGUACGUUGGUCGUCCUUCGCAUGUGCGGUCGGAAAACGGGUGACAGAGACAGAGAGAGGACUAGGAUGAAGCUGAUCAAAGAAGAGGAGGAUAAUUACUCGACCUUUUCGAAGCUUGCAAAGCAAGGAUCAAAACGUGCAAGGAUAGAAGCAAAAGCGAUUCUGCAGUGGAUCAAGAGAUCCGGUACAGAAUCAACGGCGGAAGCGACGAAAACUACCGCCGAUGCUCUGAAGCCUGAGCUAAAGAAGCUAUUGACGGAGAUUCUGUCCAACGGAGGAGGAGAAAUCAAAGAUGGCGGUGAGAGUGACGGAGUCUUGAAAGCAAUCGACGAUGCGAAUAAACUCCUGAAUCGUCUGAGAGAAGCCGAAUCGAAGAAGCCUGAAUCUGACAUCCCUUCUUCGUCUUCUUCUCAAUCGCCGAAGGUGGAAGUGCCGAAAGAGUUCAUAUGUAUACUCUCGAACAAGAUCAUGAUCGAACCUGUAACCAUCGCUUCUGGGGAAACCUAUGAGUAUCUGAAGAACGAAAAUAUAUGUCCCAAAAGCAAGGAAGUCCUCUCUCAUUCAUUGUGUACACCAAACCAUUUGCUCGAUGAGUUGAUUACCAAGUGGUGUCUUACCAACGGAUAUGAUCGUCCAAAACCAGCUGAUGAAGUAGUAGUAGUCACUGAGCUCUCCAACGAUGGAAUAGAGUCACUGCUUCAGAGGAUCUCUUCUCCCUCCUCAGAUGAAGAUCAGCUUGAAGCUGCAAAGGAGAUACGCUGCCAGACCAAUAAGUUUCCCAAUGUCCGAGAUCGCUUUGUUGCUCUUCACCCUGGAGGGAUCACCAUGUUAAUCCGUCCGCUUUCUGAUUUGGACAUCGGGAGGGUUAGCACGAAACCUGAGCUUCAAGAGAAUCUCAUCACAGCAUUGUUCAACAUUUCGAUUGUUAUGGAGAAUGUAGAAGCAAUUGCUCAAACCGAUAAGGUGAUCUCAAUUCUUACAACGUCUCUGACAAGUGGGACAAUGGAGACACGAAGAAACUCUGCAUCAGCUUUACUUUCACUCUUAGCUAUUGCUUCUAACAAGGAACUCAUCGGGAGUGAAGAAACAUUCACGGCUUUGGGACAGCUUAUCCUUGCGGGUGAUCCGGUAACUUCCUUGGUAGCCGGUUCCGUGGUUUAUCACCUCUGUCACGAAUCGGAUUACAUGGAAAAGGCCAUAUCUGCGGGUAUGGUUCAAGCGCUAAUGAGGAAGAUCAGAGAAGGAAGAUAUGCGGCUCAGUAUUUAGGUGUCUUGGCAUUGCUUACUACACAGGAGCGUGGGGUUUUGGAAAUGGAAGAGAAUCGAGAGUUUAUGAGACAUUUGUUCGGUAUCUUGAGGGGAAGGAAUUGCUUAAGGUCUUGCGAGAACGCUGUAGUGAUCGUCCUUAACAUGUGCAGCCUGGUCAAGCCUCGCCAUACACUGAAAGUAGUCAAUCUAGAGGAGAAUGAAUACGCGACAUUUUUAAUUCUUACGAAGCAAGAAUCAUCAGAGAGUCUAGCGAGAAAUGCGGGAGCGGUUUUACAGUGGCUCAAGGUACACGGUACAGGAGUUACCAUCUCUCCCGCAAUCGUAAAAGCCAAUAACGUCUUUUGUUUGUAUCCGUCGCUCAAAUACAAAUACAGAUCUCGAAGAAGAAGAAGCUUCAACAAGGUGAAAUCGAAGCUUUAUCUCUCAGAUCAAUUCGCUCUUACUAACCCAUCGUCCGAUCUGGAGCCGUUACAGGAUCCGCCGCAGACCACGGCGUCCUCCGGCACCGGCAACGGUAAGAUCCGUUACCGUUCGCCUUCCGCCACUGAGCUAAUGGAGUCGGGAACCGCCACCGUCUCCUCCUCCGUUCACCAUUCCCCUUCUAACUCCUCCGAAUCUCAUCAGGGACUCCUCUCCGUCGACGGAGGGAAGAUGACAACGACGGCUAAGCGAGGGAUCGGACGGCACGAGUCUAUCGCCGACAAGAUCCAACGCAAUCGGGGGAUCCUGCUCGUGAUUUCGAUUCCGAUUCUGCUGAUCGGACUCGUUCUGCUGCUGAUGCCUGGGAGAUCGACGUCGGACGCGGUUGUUGAAGAGUACACUGUGCUUAACCGCAAGGGGGGGCCGAACUCGAGGCCUCCGAAGAACUACGCUGUGAUUUUUGAUGCUGGAAGCUCUGGUAGCCGUGUUCAUGUGUAUUGCUUUGAUAGGAAUUUGGAUCUGCUUCCUCUUGGGAAUGAACUUGAGCUCUUCCUACAGCUAAAACCUGGGUUGAGUGCAUAUCCUACUGAUCCACGACAAGCGGCGAACUCUUUGGUGUCUCUUCUUGAUAAAGCAGAAGCUUCUGUUCCACGGGAGUUGCGUCCUAAGACACCUGUCAGAGUUGGGGCAACUGCAGGUUUGAGGACGCUGGGUCAUAAAGCAUCUGAGAACAUUUUGCAAGCGGUUAAGGAGCUCUUGAGAGAUAGAAGCAUGUUGAAAACUGAGGCAAAUGCUGUUACUGUGCUGGAUGGUACUCAGGAAGGUUCUUAUCAGUGGGUGACAAUAAACUACUUGCUAAGGAACCUGGGAAAACCAUACUCGGAUACGGUUGGAGUGGUUGAUCUUGGAGGGGGUUCUGUUCAAAUGGCAUAUGCUAUAUCCGAGGAAGAUGCUGCAACUGCACCAAAGCCAUUAGAAGGAGAGGAUUCUUAUGUCAGAGAAAUGUAUCUGAAGGGACGGAAGUACUUCCUCUAUGUUCACAGUUACUUACAUUACGGAUUAUUGGCCGCCCGAGCAGAGAUUUUGAAAGUUUCUGAAGAUUCAAACAACCCCUGUAUCGUGACAGGCUAUGAUGGUAAUUACAAGUAUGGAGGAGAAGAGCUUAAAGCCGCUGCUGUGCAAUCUGGCGCGAGUCUCAAUGAGUGCCGGAGGUUAACGAUCAACGCACUCAAAGUCAAUGAUACACUCUGUACACACAUGAAAUGCACAUUUGGUGGAGUAUGGAAUGGUGGUAGAGGUGGUGGCCAAAAGAAUAUGUUCGUUGCUUCUUUUUUCUUCGAUCGUGCUGCUGAGGCUGGAUUCGUAGACCCCAAGCAACCUGUUGCUACAGUUCGUCCAAUAGACUUCGAAAAAGCAGCAAAGAAAGCUUGUAGUAUGAAAAUGGAAGAGGGAAAAUCAAAGUUCCCACGUGUGGAGGAAGAUAAUUUGCCUUACUUGUGCAUGGAUCUCGUUUACCAAUAUACUCUGCUCGUUAAUGGAUUCGGAUUGGAGCCAUCACAGACGAUAACAUUAGUGAAGAAGGUGAAAUACGGAGAGCAUGCAGUGGAAGCUGCGUGGCCAUUGGGUAGCGCCAUAGAGGCCGUAUCCUCACCGUGACGGGCAUUUUUGGAACUACACAGAACAUUAUUCUCUCGUAAACAUUUUUUUUCCUGUAUCUCAAAUUUUUUUAUCAUAUAUUGAUCGUAUUUAAUUAGAGAAUUGGUUUUGUCACUUAUAUAUCUAUCUACCCUUUUCAGAUCUUUGAUUAAUUUAUUUUGUAAACUAUAGAACGUAAUUGUCCCGGGAUUGUUAUAUUUUUAUGAAAAGAUUG